GACUAUCUCGGAUGGGAUGGGCUCGCGAUCGCCGCAUACUCGGAGGCCUUUCGAAGAAUCCUUCUCGACCAGUACUAUGAUCCCGUGGCCAAAAGAGUCCGUGAUACUGUGCUUGAAGCCUUAAGAGAUGAGAUAAGCAGCCUGGUGUUCUACGGUCGCAUGCGCAAUAUCGACUGGCGCGGCCUGCUGCUCCCGUACUCCAACGACAAUCUCCGCCACAUGGAGGACGCGCUGCAGCUCACCAAGAAGUUUUGGGACCGCCACCCGCACACGGUCGCCCUCCCAGCGCCGGGUCGGACUCGCCCACAAGCCGCGAUCUACGAGGAGUGUCGCCAGAUCAAUAUCGAGGAGAAUAUCUUCGACGUCAGGGAUUGGACCAACGGCAAUGGAGGUCCCGAAACCAAUGGUCACGUCCCGCGCAAUCCAACUUUGCGCGCAGAGAGUAAUUAUGACCUGGGAGUCUGUGAUUUCUGCAGGUCAAGUCAUAUCUGCAGGUGCCGGGUGAGACCCGACCCUUCAGAGUUGGUGGAGCUGGUGGUCACGGAGGGAAUGGGCAUUGGAGUGCGGGCCCUGUGGCCGUUCCGGAAAGGGGAUAUCCUGGGCGAAUAUCUCGGCCGACUCCUUCCGCACGACGCCGUGGAAGACAAGACGUACUGCCUUAUGUGGGAGGCGAAGACGGCAGGCACAAGCAAGCAGGUUGCAAUCGACGCGUGUUUCGAGGGCAACUGGACUCGGUUUGUCAAUCACUCGUGCAGCGCGUCGACGGCAUUCAAGAGCAGGACUUUCGGGGACCGCGCCGCCAUGACUUUAGAGGCCACGCGGGAUAUUGCCAUGUAUGAGGAGAUCACGGUGAACUACGGGUUCCGAUAUUGGCAGCAUCGG